ACACGUGUUAGCUUCUUCAGUCUGUUUAUUUGUGUUCAUAGAGAAAUAUUUUAAUUUCAAUUAAGUUUAACUUGUACGAAUAUGACUACCAAUGACACCAAUGAUGGACAACCAAAAAUACAAUUGGGAGACUAUAUCAUCUUGCAGCGUCAAAAAUACACAAAACUGGUUAAAUUCAGUAGUAUAACUGCUAUAGCCGCUUUAGGUAAAGAACAAUUGGAAUUAGGAAAUAUUUUAGAUAAGCCGUAUUUUUCAACGUUCAAAAUGUGCCCGAAAGAGGAUCUAGGAAAAAGUCACAGAGGACGUCAACGUCUCCAUACUUUGGAAAUUUGCACAGAUGUUGAAUUGCCUAACAUACGGGAAGCCGUAUCCCGGGAAGCAUUAGGGAUAUCCUCUAGCGGUAUAGAUAAUCGAAAUAUAAUCGACGACGGCGAUUCGCAGUCGCUCAAAUCUGACGAUAUAGAACAGCUGCGGGACGAGUACAAUAAAAGUACAAAGAUUAUUGAAAAAAUUGUUGAGAAUUCAAAAACUUUUCACACCAAAACCGAAUAUUCGCAGGAAAAGUAUUUGAAGAAAAAAGAGAAAAAAUAUUUCGAAUUUGUGCAAAUUAAACAACCUAAUAUACGUCUGAUAGCUGAGAUCUAUUAUCGCCAGGAUGCAGAAAAAAUUAUGAGCAUACGUAUGGAUACUUUGUCACAAAUCAUAUCAUAUUCGGGCGUAAGUGCUUAUGGAAACUAUUUAAUGUAUGAAAGUGGUACAAAUGGCUUAUUGCCUGCAGCAUUUCUGAAUGCUAUAGGUUCUAACACGGAAGCAUGCCUCGUACAUAUGCAUCCUGGCAAUGUUCCGCAACAACAGGCUUUGUUGGCAUUAAAUUUUCCAGAAGAACAAGGACGAAGAUGCAUCUCAGUAAACAUAUACUCAGUUUUACGGGAUUACUAUCAAGGUGAAGAUAGUAAAGAGGAUGAAAAUGCAGACUGCAAUGAACAUUUAGAACCUUGCAUAAAAAGACCGAAAUUACAAAGUGAAAUAGAAAAGGAGGAAAAUCAAAAAGAAGAAAAUGCUGGACAACAAACAAACUCUAUAAAUAAUGUUGUUGAGGAAAUUUCAGCAACUCAAAAUCAAAAAGAAGAAAAUGCUGGACAAAAAACAAACUCUCUAAAUAAUGUUGAGGAAAUUCCUGCGACUCGAACUAAAAAUGAUUCUGAUGAAUGUAAACAAAUACAGGAAACCGCUAUCGUAAAUAAUGAUUGCCUUAUGAAGCCUCUUAAUAAGGGGCAUGUUCAUCAAAAAUGGCAACUGGAAAAUCGUAGAGCUUGUUUGUUAAUGCGUGAAAAAUUUGAUUCACUGUUUAUAGCAGCUAAAGAACAUCCCACCAAUUUAGUUAGAGAAUUGUUACAGUUUAUUAAACCUUCUAGACCAAUUGUAAUAUUCAGUCUUUGCCGAGAAGUUCUAACGGAACUGUAUGUGGAUUUAAAGACUAACAAUUCCAAAGUGAUAAACUUGCAUUUGACUUCAAAUUGGAUGCGUAUGUACCAAAUAUUACCCAACCGUACACAUCCGGAAGUCAAUAUGCAAACCAAUAGCGGAUUUUUAUUGACAGGCUUUACAGUAGAGUAAAUUUAAAGUAAGAGUUAAUAAGAUAUUCUAUUUUAUAUACAAAAAAAAUUAAAAUCGUUAAUUAUACGCCUCC